GCAACACCGUCAGGCGUCAGACUACCAUGCACGGAAGAGCCACGUCAGCUAAGAUUCUCCCUCCAUAUACAUAGACAGCUCCUCCUCCGCCUCUCAUCAUCAGCAUUCAGCACUCAGAGAGUGAGAGGUUGAGCUAGCUGUUAACUUGAGUUAGUUUUCCAGCUCAGAAAGCCAGGAUUACACAUUGCAGAUACAUGGAGAGUGGAUCCGGACCAGCUUCUUCCCCGCGGCGGGUGGUGGUGGCGGUGGACGAGAGCGAGGAGAGCAUGCACGCGCUCAACUGGUGCCUCACCAACGUCGUCUCCGCCGCCCCGGCCAGCAAGGCGCCGCCGCCCGCCGUCGUGCUCGUCCACGCCCGCCCGCCGCGCCCCCUCUACCCGGCCAUCGACGGCGCCGGGUACGCGCUGACGCAGCACGUGGUGGACAGCAUGGACCAGUACUUCGACAAGGCGGCCGACGCCGUGGUCGCCAAGGCCCGGAGCAUCUGCACGGCGUUCCCCGACGUGCAAGUUGAGGCGCGCGUGGAGAGAGGCGAUGCGCGCGACGUGAUCUGCAGUGCCGCGGAGAAGGCCGGCGCCGACAUGCUCGUCAUUGGCAGCCACGGCCACGGCUUCUUCCAAAGGGCGUUGCUGGGGAGCGUGAGCAACCACUGCGUGCAGAACUGCAGGUGCCCGGUCGUGGUCGUCAAGAGGCCCGACACAGGCGACAGGCAGCACGGAUCCUGACGCACUGCAUCCACAAUCCUGGCUUUGUUCCUUGCUAGGAUGAAAUCAUCCGUGUAUAAGUGUAUGUAUAUAAUGGUUAUGGUCGUUCUUGUUGGUGCUUGCUCGAGGAUCGAUAAAAUCGUCCGAGUAAAAAUGUAUAUAAUGUUAUUGGUCGUUCUUGUGUACGUAUACCUACUGGAUUAUAUACAAAUGUAGUGUAUGCGCAUA